CUGUCAAGGACCCUUCUCUUUGUGGACUGCUCUGGCACCAUUAACUUCAAUAUGUUAUUAUCAAAGAGGACAAAAGGAUAAGUCGCGGCGGCACAUGCGUCUUCAACGAAACGUCAUCUAGGCUAUUUCUCAGAGACACCGCUGUGGAUAGGCUACGCAGUGUCAUGAAAUGUGCGUUCGGCACCGUAGCCUAUGUGAUUCAAAACAUUAGUGUUGGAUCGUAAAUAAGGUCUUUUUGUCCUUUUUAAACGUUUUUAGAGACAAGGAUACAAUAUCGCAAAAUAUCUUAUCGGGACUAUAAAUGGACCUGUAGUCACGCUACUACUGACGCUCAACCACGGACCGUUUCAUGGGUUUCUGUCCAACAAUGGGCGAAUGUAACCGGGUUACAUACCCGAACCUCUAGCUUUGGAAUAUUGGUGGCCAUCAUUCAAAGUUCACACAACUCUCAGUAAAAUAGAUGCAACCAAACUGUAUUGAAUUGAACGUGAACGACUGAGAUUGAUUAAAUUAGGCUAUUUGUCAAUAUGCAGGCAUCAUAUGUGUGCGCUUGAUUGCCAAGAAUGAUUAGGUCGAUUGAUGGCAUUGGAUUAUAAAUUGUUUUAUUGUAGCCAAAUACAUUGUGCAAUUGUUGAUGAAUUAAGUUACAAUCUCAAGCCACUCAUUUGAGUGUUAGCCUACUCAUUUGCUAUAGACGGAUUCAUAAUGACUUAUUUGUAUAAAUUCAUAUAUUUCACGUUCUUAACAAACGGGAAGGGAAUGCCACCCCGGCUGUCAAUCCAUAACAUGGAACCUAAGGACUGCAGAUUGAAUAUUGAUUGAGUGGAGUGAAAAGAGAAAAGAAAAUCAUCAAUUCAUUUACGGAAAAUUAGGCUUUUUGGAGUUCUGCACAAUGGGGAUUAUGCUUCAAGUUAUUCUAGGAAUGUUUCAGUUCCUCUUGCUCUCCAGAAUACCCACGUCCCAUGCCAAGCUAGCCCACUGGAGACCUGCGGACACCACCCCCAAAUCUAGAGAAGUGCGUCGGUGGUUGGAGGUGUACUCUCGGAGUGGUUGUGAGCCCAGAGAUACCCUGGUGGAGGUGUGGCAGGAGUUGCCGGGAGAGACGCAUCACCUCUUCGUGCCUUCCUGUGUGUCGGUCCGCCGCUGUGAUGGGUGCUGCUCCGACGAGGCACUGGAGUGUGUGCCCUCACUCACACACUCUAUCACCAUGGAGCUAAUGAAGACCUCCUUUAUGAAGCAUGAGCUCAUUGAGCUGGACUUCGUUGAGCACAGCCAGUGUGAGUGCAGACUAAAAGAGAAUCUUCAAUCAGCCCCUACCAGGCCUGCAAAGCCUCUGAGGAAAGGCAGGAAAAGGGAGAGAGGAAAAUCCAAACGAAAGAAAAGUGGAACUAUACCCUCCUCUCCCCCCACUACGCCCUCUCCUCCCCCGACCACCCCAUCUCCCUUGCCAGGCCCUCGAUGUACCCCCUGUCCUGGGAGGAAGUGGACACUCGAUUUGCAUUCGUGUCGGUGUCGCUGCAACGUGACCGCAGAGAACUGCAGUCAGAAAGGGAGGAGACUCAACCAGCACCUCUGCAGAUGUGAGGCCAGGAGGCGGUGAUGCUCUUUCUCUCCGUUGGUUCCAGACUCACUCUCAUCCAUGCUCAUCCACUCUCAUCCAUGCUCAGCAGAAGUCUGGGGAACAAAGAGGAGUGGAGGAUGUACCCUUAACUCUCCUCUUCCUUGUCCUCCAGAACCACCAAGUCAGUGCAGUAUUACAACGUAAAUAUAUGUACCUGUGUGUAGAGCUGUAUAUGUGUCGUCAGUCUCAUCACACAGCUUCUUCAGGCGCUUAGCUGCUAUCGUCCAAUCAACAUGUAUGUAACACUCUCCUUCACAAGAGUAAAUGAUGGGACCAAAUGUAAAGCACAGUUUAGAUGUCUGGUAACAUGAGGGCGAUGUGAGGUAGUGGGUCGCCAGGACGUUAGUUGUGGACUAGACAGAAUUCAACACUCACACCUCCAAUGCUGUAUGGGACAUUGGGACUUUGGACACGAAGAGGAUUUGAAGACUGAUCUCUGAUCAGAUUUAACAGACGUGUUCAUGUUGAGUGUUGUUGUCUUCAUAGACAUGGUGGGUCAGUUUUGCCCAUGAACUGCUAUUGGACUGUUUUGCAGAAAGACAAUGGCAACAGACAUAAUGAUCCUGAUAUUGAUACGUGUGUUAUAUUUUGUGUACAGGGAGACCCCGAUAGGAGAAUGAUUCCAGGGUCAAGUCAUUAAAGUGCAGUAAGGAUAUAGAAUAGUGAACGGACACACAUGCACACACGCACACAUGUACACACACACACACAUGUACACACACGCAUGCACACACGUACCAGCUAGUUGUUGUGUGUAUAAAGCCGUCAGGGAUACCCCAUGGACCUAUAGCUAAGUGAGUUGAAUAGCUGCAUAGACUGUAUCUGUGUGGUCUACACACUGAAUGGCACAGAUGGGUUAACCUGCCACCGUUAGUCUCUCUCAUUCACAGCAUAUGGUCACAGGCUGGAUCACUGAGGGGUUUCACAUGCUGGAUCACUGAGGGGUUUCACAGGCUGGAUCACUGAGGGGUUUCACAGGCUGGAUCACUGAGGGGUUUCACAGGCUGGAUCACUGAGGGGUUUCACAGGCUGGAUCACUGAGGGGUUUCACAGGCUGGAUCACUGAGGGGUUUCCCAGGCUGGAUCACUGAGGGGUUUCCCAGGCUGGAUCACUGAGGGGUUUCACAGGCUGGAUCACUGAGGGGUUUCACAGGCUGGAUCACUGACGGGUUUUACAGGCUGGAUCACUGACGGGUUUUACAGGCUGGAUCACUGAGGGGUUUCACAGGCUGGAUCACUGAGGGGUUUUACAGGCUGGAUCAUUGAGGGGUUUCACAGGCUGGAUCAUUGAGGGGUUUCACAGGCUGGAUCACUGAGGGGUUUCACAGGCUGGAUCACUGAGGGGUUUCACAGGCUGGAUCACUGAGGGGUUUCACAGGCUGGAUCACUGAGGGGUUUCACAGGCUGGAUCAUUGAGGGGUUUCACAGGCUGGAUCAUUGAGGGGUGUUCUGUCAUCUGUUUGAUUUGGUUUUUGUCUCAAUCUCUCCGCUCCGGAGUGAAAGAGCUGUUCACGCCGACAGGGCAGUGAGGGGAAUGACAAUGAUGAGGCUUGGCUAUGGUCCAAGGGUUCACACACACAUACACACACUUCUGAUUAGAAGUGAAUGCAAUUUAAGAGUCUAAAUAAGUCCAAAUGUUUGUUUCUGUUUAAUUUUCUUUGUAUAAUUUGUUAUAUUUUGGCAUAAUUUUGUACAGUUGACUUAUUAGAUGUUGUAUAUUGUGGAAUGUUUCUUUGUUUUGUUUUUAUUUGUCCAUAAUCCGUCUACAUAAAGAGUCCCUCUGGGUGGCCGACGAAGACCACUAUGUAGACAUCAGGCAUUUAAACAUAUCGCCACCUGUGUAGAAUUUUAAACAGGGAGAGAGUUCUCAAUGGCCACAAAAUAGGACACAAUAUACAUUCUAAUGGGUAACUAAAAUAAUCACCAGAAAAAUAAUGUCUAGCAAAUACCCAUUCCCACUGCAGUAAAAAUAAAUCAUUUAGUUCUCUGUCUGUGUGGGAUGCGUAGAGCUGUGGGGUUAGGAUACAGCUACAAUAUUGGUUAGAACCCCAUUCAACACUGAAAAUAGUUCAUUUCUACUUCACAUUGUUCAAGCUUCCAAUCUGUACCUCUUGUUAGCAGUUCUGGAACCCCCCUAAUGUAAAUCCUGAGCCUGUGUCACAUUCCAAAUGUUAUUCCUCUGACAUUCCUUUUAUAUUGUUAUUUUAUUUCGAACUCAGUCUGAAAAGUCUCUUUUCACUAAGCAAUAAGUAUGGUCUCUGAUUCAGAGACUGAGAUGAGCAUAUGAGUACUUUAGCUGAAGUUGUAGCAGAUUCCUCUCCAAAAUAUGAGAUAAAACUCUGACAACAUAUCAGCGAUUCGUCUGAACUCUGCCUGUUAACAGAUAUAUAGCUGAGGGAUUUGUGAGCUGUAUGUGAAAAGUGUGUUUGAAUUCAGGCUCUGAGGUUGGUCCUGUGAGGGCAGUCAGACCAGACACAGCUCUACUGAAUUUGCCUCCCCUCCCUAUAGCUGGAAGCAUCUGUGAGCUCCUCUCCUCUGAAUGGUGGCCAAUGAAUGCCAACCCAAAACCCCCGAGGUAUAUUUCGCAAAGCGUCAUUGUCUAGCUGUGUGUUGGUCGACAGGAAACUUGCCAGUUACAGAAAGACACUUCUAGAAGGGACUAAAUGCUCUAUUCAAGCAAUAGUAUACUACCCAUGUCCAUGACAUAGUCAAAAUGAAUGUGCUGGUUGCUCCUCUUGUCUGCACGCACCCAGUCUUCCCUCAACCACCUUGUUGUAGACCCAUGAGUUUGACAAAGCGAGUCUAGCACAUACCCUAUAUACUGUAGACUGUCCAGGUAGACCUAUUCUAGCCCCCAUGGUCUUAUACUCAGCUAUAGCAGGCAGACCCUGACUAAACAUACAUAAUAAUAUAUUCUGUCUUAUAACCAACCACCAUCUUGUGUAUAAUGUAGAGCAUACUUUAGAAUGUCUUGUAAUUCAUUCCAACUAUACUCCCAUGUUAUACUUUACAAUUACAAAUGCGUUGUGAUGUGUAUAUAUAUCACUGAUACUAUUUAUGCUGCUACACCUUUUGUGCCCAAUCUGAUGUAAGUGUGCAACUGUCUGUACCAUGCAGAGUAGGCCUAUAUUAUGUCUGAUUAAUCAACUGUCUGUACCAUGCAGAGUAGGCCUAUAUUAUGUCUGAUUAAUCAACUGUCUGUACCAUGCAGAGUAGGCCUAUAUUAUGUCUGAUUAAUCAACUGUCUGUACCAUGCAGAGUAGGCCUAUAUUAUGUCUGAUUAAUCAACUGUCUGUACCAUGCAGAGUAGGCCUAUAUUAUGUCUGAUUAAUCAACUAUCUGUACCAUGCAGAGUAGGCCUAUAUUAUGUCUGAUUAAUCAACUGUCUGUACCAUGCAGAGUAGGCCUAUAUUAUGUCUGAUUAAUCAACUGUCUGUACCAUGCAGAGUAGGCCUAUAUUAUGUCUGAUUAAUCAACUGUCUGUACCAUGCAGAGUAGGCCUAUAUUAUGUCUGAUUAAUCAACUGUCUGUACCAUGCAGAGUAGGCCUAUAUUAUGUCUGAUUAAUCAACUGUCUGUACCAUGCAGAGUAGGCCUAUAUUAUGUCUGAUUAAUCAACUCGAUGUCUAUGUAAACAAAGCAUACUGUCCUAUUGAAGAUGUUAAUACCACCAGGAAAUGUUCAAAACAACCAUGAUACAAUGUUCCAGAUAUUAUUAAAUGAAACGUCUUAUUUUUCGUAAAAUGUAUUGUUAUUGGUAGUCUCCAAUGCUUCCAAUGUCCUUCCCGUAAUCACUUUGACGUCAUCCCUUUUUGCCAACCUCCCUCCUCCCUUUUCUUCAUUCCUCUCUUCUCUUUCAUCUCUCUGAACAGUAAUGAAAGAUAAACAGGCUGAUGAUUAGAGUGACACCCCGGGAGUGAAGGACGGAGGGAUAGAGAGUGUGAGUGACGUGAUAUGAGAAAUAAUAUUGCCUCCUCCUCACAUGAACUGCGCUGAGUCAGCCGCACGGAAGUGUGUGUGUGGGGGGGGGGGGGUCUACGUCACUGUCUGUGUGUGUACUGCUGAGUGAUGAAUUAUUUUCAUCUUCAAACGAGUGAUGAUAAUGUGAUUUUAUGGGAAUAUACUCAAUCGUCCUCAUAUUGACUUUUCAUGUCAGAGGUUGUGAGGCAGUGACAGUGCAAUUUCCAUUAGCAGAUGAUAUCUUGGAAUUGGCUUCUAAGAGGAGUAAUGCUUUCCCAUCCAGUCUCUCUAUCUCUCUCAGUGAUGCAGUUCAUCUUUUGGGGUCCUCCCCACCCUGAGAUAGGCAGCUCUGUCUCUCUCUCUCUCUCUUUUUCUCUUCUCUUCUCUUCUCUUCUCUCUCUCCUCUUCUAUCUCUCUCUCUCUCUCCUCUUCUAUCUCUCUCUCUCUCUCUCGCUCUCUCUCUCUCCUCUUCUAUCUCUCUGUGAUGCAGUUCAUCUUUUGGGGCCCACACUGAGAGAAAGACAGAGUGGGCUCCAGUGAGAGUGAGCUCAAGGCUGAUGCUGCCUGGCCUACCUGUCUCGAAGGGCAUCCUGCCAGUGACUAAAUAUAGACGCCUGCACAAGAUUAGGGGAACAGAGGGAGAGAGGGAGGAAGAGAGAGUGACUCAUCCAUCAGGAGACAAGGAUUCAUCUCUUUUUUUGUUGUAAAAACGUUGUCUACUCUGAAAAUGCCCCAGAACCUUGUUAUGUUGGUGAAGAGUAAUAUUGGAACUUACUGUGUCUGCUACGAUGGUGAUGCCCCUGAGAACCAAUGACUUGUUGUGAUGUGUCCCUGAAACUCCUCAUCCUCUCUCUGUCUCUGUCUCUGUCUCUGUCUCUGUCUCUGUCUCUG